UGUGUGUAUGGGGGAUUCGUGUGCAAGCCAUGCAUAAUGCGUGUCGUGAACACAUCCACGAUACUAGUACGUCACAUAUGGAGAAAAGUAAUGUACAUCAUCCUAAAAAAUAUAGUUCAGUCAUUAUCGUGUAUUUUAAUUAAGUUUAGAUAUAAAUUACAUAGAUUUUUAUCUGUGAUAAUCCAACAUAUAUAUAAUAAUUUCAAAUUUGUGCCUGCUUUGCUACAUACACAAAUAUAGAAAUGCUGCGGAAGGAUAUGUUGAUACUGAAAGGAGAAAAUAAAAAAUGUAAACAACAUGGCGCUGACCAGCUGAUCGUAUUGUAAACAGAGACUCGAAAAUCCCCAUACCACAGCACUGCAUUGCGCAACACUCUUGCAAUGACCUAAAUCAUUUGUUGUACAAAUUCACUUGUGAAACGCGUUCGUUUCUAGUUUAUUUGCUACUUUCUGUGGCGGGGACUGGGCUUACAAUUAAAACCUCGUCAGCGGCCUACAUCAUCUAUUCAUCCGUGAGCUACACACCUCUGCAAUCAGGUUUCUAAAGGCUUCAUCAUGCCUCAGUGUAAGGCCACCGUAACCCUUCAGCACCUCUGUAUCAGCAGUAUCGCAAACAACCUCAGCUUUUGGACCCAAAAUUAUGAAGAGACGCUCCUUGACAAGGGCAGGUUCCGUCAUCUCUUAGGCCCCUUUGAUGAAAUACCCAGUCCUAUUCUGGUUCAAGACUUGGCUGAUGAAUUGAUCCGUCAGCGGAAACUCACCCGUUCCUCCCUCCAUUUACUCAUCAAUGGUGGUCUACUUCAGCAUCUGGACUUCAGUGACUGUCCUCGUCUCAUCACGGAUGAAGUCAUUUGCAUGAUUGCUGACAAAUGCAAGAAAGUGAAAACACUAAUCCUAUCGGGCUGUAGCCGUAUCUCAAGCCAAGCGUUUGAGAUCCUUGCUAACAACAUACCCUAUGCAGUCAGGUUGGACUUCUCCAAGACAAAGAUCGGUACCUUGGCUAUCCAGUCCCUCUUUAGAUCAUGUUGUGACCUGCAAGAUCUGGCCCUCAGACACUGUCAGGUAUGUGAUAAUGAUGUUGGUGUACUCUGUAACAUGGCUAUGCGGAAGGAGAGGUUUUCUUUGCGGAAGCUAGACUUGUCAUCAUCCAUGGUAACUGACAUGGGUAUCAGAGCCCUGCUGCGAACCAUCCCGCAACUCCAGGAGUUCCUGUACUCAAACCUCAUUGGCUGCAUCAUCGCAGAAUCACCCAUCACAGAGGAAUAUGAGCAUCAGUAUCUCCUGCAGCUACCAACACUAGGUCAGGAAACCUCUUCAAUCAAUAAUAACGAGACGGGACAAACCAGCCUAAGGAUGUUAGAAUGUACAGACUUCAGCCAUGUAACGGACAACCACAUCAAACUCAUCUCUUUCCUCUGCCCCAAACUGGUGUCGCUGGAUCUGCGUUUUGCGCGAGGGUUCUCCAGCGCUGGUCUCACAGACCUCUUGCGUCUGAAACACCUCAAGGAACUGAAACUUGCCAGCUCAGAUCAACUGACCUUUGAAGGUGCUCUUCUGAACUAUCUCAGACUACAUGGUCAACAGCUAACAGUAUUGUCAUUGGAGGACUUUGAUGGUCUUGACCUUCAUCUGGUGGGUCAGCUUUGUCCUCAUCUACGGAAGCUUCUGGUCUUCAUGAUGUCAGACAGCGCUAGCUUCACCUCUGGAGAAUAUGGAAGUGUUUUGAAUAGCACUCCCUUUGAGCACCUUGAAGAGCUUGCACUGUGGUGCAGCAACGCAAGCACAGCCCUAACAUCUGCCAUACUCAACACUGUGCUUCCACACUGCCAUGCCCUGAGGUCACUGGAGGUCAUCAGGGUCAACGCACUUACAGACUCUGUCCUCCAUGAAGCGGUAGAAAGCCAUGGCUUCCUCAGCUUGAAGUCUCUUACCCUUCAUGAAUGCAAUGCUGUCAGCAGAGCUCCCAUCUCGAGACUGAUCUUAGACGAUAGGAACGUCCUGGAGACCCUGACACUCAUGGACUGCUUCAGUAUCACACGGAGAGACUAUGAAGGCUGGCUCAAGCUGGUCAAGAGACGCAACUACAAUCUUAGUGUAGCAUGGAAAUGAGAGAGUCCAGCUAGUCACACACCAGAGUACUUUUGUUAUUGAAUUGUAAGACCGUAGCAGUAUUUUUAUGUUCACCUUUUUCAGGCUACAUACCUCAUGCCUUCUGAGAGACUGAACGGCAUUAUCCCAUUCAUGUACAAAGAGUUGACAGCUUCCUGGCUCUCUGCAGAUGUGAUAUUUAAAUGCACAAAGCCCCAAGUUAUACAUGUAUGUUAUGAGUGAAAUGAAAUAGAAAAGAUAAUAUUACUCAGUCUAUUCUUACAUGUGGUGUAGGAAUGUGCAAUAUGCUUUUUUAUUUUGGAACAGAAUAUUUUCAUAUUUUAGCAUUUGAUUUAUUAAGAAUUGAAUUUCAGCCAGAAGGAAGUAUUAUCAAAAUGUAUUUGCAAAUGUGCCUUCCUAUGCAUUUAAUUAUGAAAACAAUUUAUUUAUUGGAAGUUUAAGAAAGUUCACUACAAAGUUUACACACAUGUAAAUAUACUUUUGAUAAUUGUGUUCUUUUUACAAUUUUACUGCCUUAGGAAGUAUGCUUGUUUCCUUUAUGUAUUGUUUUACAUAUGCUAUUGGGAUAUAAUCCAGCGUUUCAGUUCAUUAGAGGUGUCAUGGUCUUGUGGAUACAUUGUAGGACUGUGGAUCACAUGGUUCGUGGUUCAAUUCCCAACCGGGGCACUAAUGUUCUUCGGCAAGACAUUAAUCUACAUUUGCCACUCUCCACUCUGGUGUAAAGUGAGAACUUGUGGGAAAGAUUUCCUUAAAUGCUGUAUUACCGAAAAUGGUAGCCUAGCAGAACUGGGUUAAAAUUAGAAAUCCUUGAGCACCUUGGGAGGUGGAUAUGUGCGCUAUAAAAUUAUCUUAAUAUAUUUAUUAUUUAAUUAAUUACUGACUGAUAAAUGUAACCAUUUAUAUAGAAAUAUAGAAGUGCUUUAAUGUUCAAACUGGUGAUUGUGGGAGUACACUUUUUAGUGUAGAAGUUUGGUAUUGAUGAAGAUAAUCAUAUAAAUCAUAGAAAGCAAUUUAGCCACGUAAACAAAUACCAAAAGAUAUUUUAAGAAAAAUUUGUAAAAUAUAAAACAAGGAAAGCUCUCUUCGUUAGGUGCACUCAAAUCUUCCAAGAAUUAACAUGUUAGGAAAAUUAUCAAUCAGCGAUCAUUGGAGUUUGACUUAGAUUUAGUAUGAUACAUAAAUGCUCCAAAUUAUUUAGCAUGUUCAAUUUUAUUAAGUUUCUACCUCAAAACGGAUUUUCUCUCAUGCAUUUCCUCUUAGUAGGUAACCAGUUGGAUAUGAUUUAUUUAUUUUCAUCAAUCAUGCAUUUUAAAACCAGAAUUCACUAGAAGAGCUCCUCUAGCGCCAUCUAGAGUCAGCUGUAGGCGCAGUAUGGUCCCAUAAUUCACUGCUCUGUUGAUUCUCAUAUCAGUCUGCAAAGCAGAAAUAAGGCAUUUGGGUUACUCACUGUUGGCAAGUUGACCAUGAGAUGGCGCUGUGCAAUAAACCGUAUGCUAGGGCAGAAAGUUCAUCGGUUCAGUUUUGCAUUUAUGGUGUUCAUUCUCGAAUUAUCUCCAUGUUUGCUUUUAAACACUAAAAUAAUUGUUAACCUCGAAUGUGCACUUACUAAUACUGACAGACAACCAAAUAAAGACCUUUGGAGGGGCAUUUAUUUUCAGGUUGAUUUAAUAUUGUCAGGUUAAUAUUUAGGGAGAAAUUAUGAAACUUCAAUGUGUCUUGUAAUUUUUGUCUUUUGUUUAUGGCUAGAUGUUUAUUUACAUGAUACACUAAUUUUGUACGAGUCUAUUUAUACUAAACUAUUUCAGGACUUGAUCCUUAGACAUUCAAACCAUUGAAAAAUAAUUACAAGCAGACCAUUUAACAAUAAGAAUCUAUUUAUGAAUGUUAUGUCUAUUACUAUUGUGUUGUUAUGUGCAAGCGAUAUUGGAAAGAAUUUUUUUAACAUGAAAACAAUUAUUUAUCAAGUUAUCAACACAGUUUAUCAUGUUCUAAGUGAAUUGAAAAGAUUUAAAAGAUAGAUAAAAAGUCUUAUUUUGAUGUACAUGCAUCAUCAUAACACAUUAUAGAGGUGCUGUGGUCUAGUGGAUAAGUCGUCUGACUGUGGAUCACAGGGUCUGCGGUUUGAGUCCUGCCACAGCACUAAUGUCCUUUGGCAAGAUAUUAAUCUAUAUUUGCCACUCUCCACCCAGGUGUUAAAUGGGUACCGGUAGGAAGGAAUUCCUUGAAUUCUGUGAGCCCCGAAAUCGGAAGCCUAGCAGAGCGCCGGGGUAAUAUUUAAGCGCCUUGAGCACCUUGCAUGGUGGAUACUAGUAUGUGCGCUUCAUAAAUAUUCAAUAUUAUUAUUGUUAUUAUUUCUAGUCAUUAUCACAUUAAUAUUGAGAUCUUUUGUAGAACCACACGAUUAUGUUGAAAUAAAAUGCAGACUUGGAGGACAAUAUAUGGGAUACCAAUGUGAGGGUAAAAGAUUUUUAAAAAUGGUCAAACAAAACACUUGAGUUCCUUAUUUUCUCAAAUUUGAGCUUUUCAUGAAACUACUUGCUUAAUUCUUAGAAUGAUUUUAAAUAAAGGACAUGUAUGAGAUGUGAUCUCUUUCUAACCGAUGUGAACAAGAUACAUAUUUAAAUCUUAUUACCGAAGGUUUCACUGUAUACACCAUGCAGUCGAACGCAAUUUUUUAGUCAGUGAAAGAUGUGUAUUUUCCUUGAAAAAAUUUGAAAUUUACACAAUCAAAAGGUGAACAAGGCUAAUCGUUAUUUUGUUGUUGCUUUCAAUAUGUUUGUUUUUAUUUUUCAGUGAAUUUAUUAGGACAGAAUCUUACUUGAUUGAUGUGUUAAGAAGUUAUACUCACAUAUCGGAUGUCAAUACAAUUUCAUUUUGGGGUAAUGUGUCAUUUUUCCGAAGAUUCAUAUUUCGAAUUUAUUUAUUAUUCAUAGGUUCAUUAAUCUGGAAGUUUUACAUAACAAUAUUUAAUUAUUCCAAAGGUUUGUUAUUCUGAAGCUUCAUAAUUCUGAAAUGAAAGAGUUCUUAUAAUUCGGAAAGUGAGAUGGAACCUUUUAUAAUUUUUCAGAAUUGUGAACUUUUGAAUAAUAGAACAAACGUUCAGAAUUAUGAACCUUCUCAUAUGGAAAGUGUUUGAUUAGGAAUAAAGAAGCUAUGGUUUUAUGGACCUGCAGGGAAAUGAGUACACCCCCACCCCCUCCUCCAAUUUUGAUUUGAUUACAUGUAUACUAGUCUCCUGAAAUGUCUAGACACUGAAACAUUUGUAGAACAAUCAUAAUUGAUUGCUGUUAGCACUCUGAUUUAGUUUUAUGCCAGCAAGGUGUUUAAAAUAAAUUCUUCAUCUUUUAUAAGGUGUCAAAGAAGAAAA